AUGAAGAACUUCGCACUUAUGAUCCUUACGCAGAAGACUAACACAAAACCACUGAUGGGCGGUGAAGAUACUCAACUGCACCCUCUCUCCCGGAUCCGCAUGCAUAGAAGCAUUUAUUCUUCAAAGAAUACUUUCGGAGCAAAGCUUAAAUUCGUGUCAAACCAAAGGAAUAUGUUUUCAAACCAAGGAAUCGGAGGAGGAGCGUAUCCACAGGGUCCUGGGAUCGGUGGUGGAGUCCAACCUGAGAUUGGAAUUGGCGGUGGGGCGCGACCGGAGGGCUACUCACCAUAUGACGGUGGAAGUGGAAUUGGCGGUGGGGCGCGACCGGAGGGCUACUCACCAUAUGACGGUGGAAGUGGAAUUGGAGGUGGCGUGAGACCCGAAGAUCCUACACCAAUCGGAGGAGGUGCAACUCCUGACCCAUACUAUCCUCAGGGAGGUGGUAUUGGAAGCGGUGCAAGACCAGAUUACCCUGGAAUUGGAGGGGGUGCUACGAUUGGAGGAGGUCCGUAUUUUCCACCCGCAUACCCCGGGCAUGGUCCACGUUUCUAUGAAAGUGUUCUUCACGACAGUUUUGGUGGUCCCCGCGGCUGCUGUUGAUUUCUCACUAGUCAAAUUUACCGCUCGUCUGACAUAAACACAACUUCUCUUCAACGUCGAAAAACAACCUUGCAAUUUUUAGAAAAUUAAACUCCUGACAACAUGUAAAUUAUUUCUACCAUUCAUACAUACAUCAAAUAAAGUCUUACGAUUCA